AUGCACGCCUGGAUUGAUCGCCCCCUUCGCGAUGGAAAAGACGCGGAUGAGUGGGAACCCACUGAAUCCGAAGCCAUCGCCAACAUCGACCGGUGGUAUCAAGCAGGACGACCGCUCUUUCCCCGCGAUUCCCUCCAGGAUGUGCGCGAUCAGCUGCGGAAGUCCCUCAAAAAGGGCGACUCCAUUUAUGUGAAAGCGUUCGAUGGGUCGAUGUAUGAAUGGCCUGUGAAAACCGGCGACAUCAAAACGCUUUGGGAGCCCGACGAUGACACGGGAGAGGAGAAACGGGUGGAAUGGAUGCUUCUGUCCCAGGCGUAUUGCAGCGUGGGAAUAGGACACUGGAUGACUCGCGUCGGCCAAGAGCCUGAGCCUGGACCCCUGGGGGAUCUUAAUUCAGGGCUGGAAUUCCUGGACACUACCUUGCGGGGCUGGGAAGGGAGCGAACCAUGGAGAGACAUCAAAUCCACCCUCUCGUCGUUGAAUCUUGAUACCAAGAUCGCCAAGGUGAUAGGUAUGGCAUGCGGGUCUUUCACCCCGACAUUGGAGUGCUGCGGAUCUACAAGAUCAGCCGUUCAACAUGCACUCCUGUUAACGAUGAAGACCUUUCUGCAGGAAUGCAAUUUAGGUACCGGCGAGGUCGCGUGUUACGUGCAGGACCCGGGAUAUUCCAAGACAGACAGGCUGGUUCUUGAGAAAUCAGAUAUCAAGGUGCUCGAAGAUCCGGAGGGCUUCCUCGAAAUGGACGAUGCCUCCCUCGUGUUUUCCUGUGGCCCUAACAUUUGUGUCAAGGAGAUUGUUGCGGACAUUGCCCGUCCGUCGAUUCUCAUCUGGUGUACUGUCAAAGAGGAAGAUCCGGAACACGCCCUGUACGUGUCCUUGGCGUCUAUGACGGUCUUGUUUGGUUAA